UUCAUUUUGUCAACCGAAAAAUAGUACAUGUGUGUGUGAUAUAUAGAAUGGGUGAUUGGUUGUGGAGAAUAGCGAUCUAGAAUCGAUAGUUCCAAAGGUAAGAUUGGACACACAGUCGAAAAUUGAAGAACGGCUUGGUUGAACCACGAGUUUUAAUGGAAAGUGUAGAAUUUUGUGCUUUUAAAACGGUUUUUUUUUUUCAAUAAAAAGUCAUGGCCAACUUAAGGUACAGGGAAAGAGGAAAGUAAUGUAAUAGUCGGUUUGCAGUUUAUAAUUUUAAGAUUUAAUAAGACAAUUGAUUACCUGUUUUGAUAGGACACAAUACAUUGAGAAAUUGCAGAUGAAAUAAUUAUAACAAACUUAGCAAAUAUAUAUUGCUCGCUUUAUUUAUAUCAUACCCGAAAAAAUGUAGAAAAGUACGAAAUUUGAAAAUCAGUAGGCCCAUGAUUUCAAAUCCAAGACCUUUCGAAGGGAGGCCUGGUUAAACCUUGUUUUAGAAACAGUCUUCGAGGCAGUAACAUCGAAUAGAAAAAGUAUCUCAAUAAUAUAAAUUUUUUUAGCCAAAUUCUAGUUUUACACAAAUCGUUUACACCAAAUUUUGCUAAACAGUUUAUAAAUUUUGUACCACAACAAUUUAAACAAAAUUUUCGAACUAUGGACAGCGUAAACUGGAAGGCAAAGAAAAGGAAGAUGUCGUCGGUGGUGGAGGAUAGCGGUGAUGCAAGUACGACAGCUGCAGCUGCUGCUGCAUCUACUGCUGCAUCUGCUGCUGCAUCUGCUGCCCUGCAGCAAAUGUGGCCACAGAUUCAGGACGAGAUUCGCUUGAGGGUGGACCAGUGCAUGAGGGUCUUCUACACCAUCCACUCGGAGGCGCUGAUGCGGUUGGAGCGGGUGAUCGAGCAGGAACUGCUGCCGAAGCUGGAGGGCAAUGGCAAUGGCAGUGGUGAGCUGCACCAGAUUAGGGAGAUGAUGCAGCAGCUGUUGGAACGAGUGGAGCAAUUAAGUCCGGCGGAGAAGGAUGAUCGCAUUGCGAAGAGCAUGCAUAGUCAACCAAGUUUGAAUGGCAUUCAGAUGCCGGGAUGCUCGAGGGCGAGCCAAAACCAAAGUGCUGCCGAGCCAAUUCGUUUGGGCGCCGACAUCCUCUUCUACAAUCCCCAGUGCACUUGGCCAUCGUUGAGCGAGGGGGAGAUGCUGCUGCUCCAGAGACGCCACAAUCCAAGCUACCAAGUGGGAGUGCCAAGUGGCUCCGAACUGGAAUCGCCAACAAGCCGCAUUCAAAGUGACCGCGAACGAAACCAAUUGGAAGCGAAUCUCAUGAUGAUGAAGUCGCAGAUCUCGCUAAAUAUCAACUACCAGAAUUUCUUCUUGCCGCGGAAUCAAGGCCCAAUCAGGAGGAGUCCCGCUGGACAUAUCCAUGAGCCACGCGAUGCUAACUUUGGCGGCGAAUCCUGAAUCACAAUCAAUACUCACGUGCAUCCAGUUGCUUGCAAACCGGCCGAUAAUUGGUGGGCGCGCGAUAGUUCCUGUUUAUCGAUGAAUAAUAUAAAAUUUGUAGAAAGUUAA